AUGAUCAACGAAACGCUGCUGCCUGGCGAACUGGACACUAACGUCUCUGAGCCACCGCCGCUGCUUCUCUCUCUUAGUCACAACAUCAGCGCCUUUCCUCCUCUACGGCUGGAGUCCAAGUCUCUGGUCAUCUCCUCCACAAUGUUCGCCGUGGGAGUCCUGGGAAACCUCAUAGCCAUAGUUGUGCUGUGCAUCUCCAAAAAGGAGCAGAAGGAAACCACUUUCUACACGCUGGUCUGCGGGAUGGCCAUCACAGAUCUGCUGGGGACUUGCUUCACAAGCCCGGUGGUGAUUGCCACCUAUGUGGCCAGCCGCUGGCCUGGCGGAGACCUGCUGUGCCAUUUCUUCUCCUUCUCCAUGCUCUUCUUCGGCUCGGCGGGGAUGUCCAUCCUGUGCGCCAUGGCUGUUGAACGUUACCUGGCUAUCAACCACGCGUAUUUCUACUCUCAGCACAUAGACCGGACAAUGGCACGCUUUGCGCUCCUGGGUAUCUACUUGGCAAACGUGGUGCUGUGCAUUAUGCCCAGCUUUGGCUUUGGGAAACAUGUCAGACACUUCCCUGGGACUUGGUGUUUUCUGGACUGGAGAGCGACGGAUCCAGUCGGCGCUUCCUACUCCUUCCUGUAUGGUAGCGUGAUGCUGGUGCUGAUCGCAGCAACAGUUUUGUGUAAUUUUGCCGUGUGCAGGUCGCUGGUGGGGAUGAACCAGAGAACCAGGAUUGUCAGGACGGAGAUGUGCGUGCAGGGAGGCUCCCGGCGCCGCUUCCCACGGCUGCCGUCGGUCACCUCAGCGGCGGAGAUCCAGAUGUUCUGGCUUCUGAUCUUCAUGACCAUCGUUUUCCUGGUCUGCUCAAUUCCAUUAGUGGUACGAAUCUUUGUGAACCAGCUUUACGGCCCCUCUUAUAUUCCUGCUGCGGGGAAGUCUGACUUGGGCAGUGACCUUUUAGCUAUCCGCUUCGCCUCAUUCAACCCCAUUUUAGACCCCUGGGUGUACAUUUUAUGCAGGAAGAACCUGCUGGUAAAGGGCUGUGAGACGCUGAAGAGGAUGGUCGGCCAGGUCAAGGACGGCCGAGGCGACAACAUCGGCUGGGUAGAAGGUCAAAACUCUCCACCGUCUUUCGAAAACAGCAACGACACCAGUUACGCGUCAUUACGCACAGCCAACUACCGGAACGAGGUGGAGCACCAAGUUGGUGUCUCGGCGAAAUCUUUUGCUGACUUUGCAAUGAGACAAACUUGUGACUACGACAGCUUUCACCCGUUCAGCGUCCAGCCUAGCGGGUUGCUUGGGUCUGAGGAGGACAUCGCAGCUGCGUCCAAACCAACAGUGGCAACACAACUUGCAGGGUUCAGCGGCGCGCGCUCUGCAGCGUGCCCCGCCGUGCCGCUUCACUCAGUCAGGAAAACGGAUAUUGUCACGUGCACUUUUAGCACGCCGAGCUCCUGUCAGUCAGAGAAAUGCCUCUGA